AUGCCUGGAGCUCACAGCACAGUACAACCAGGUAUAUCCUCUUAUACGCCUACGAUUAUGCAGCCUGGUCCAGUGCUUGAUACUCAAACCGUACUGCAAACAGAUGAUUUACCCAGCGCGUCACGGCGGGAUAUAUCUAAUGGUAUACCACCAACACCGUUCAUAAGGUACUAUCCCGCACCUGAACAACCUGGUUCGAUACAACCGCAAAAUUUGACAGUGUCGACAAAUGUCUCGAACCAUUAUCCACCGGUCCAACAACCACCGACAGUACCACUGAAUAUGUCGUACUCCGGAGCGCCGCUCCAACAACCAACAUUAACGUUAAACCCACCUGGUUUAUCAUACUCGGUCUGGCCUGCAGAUGGAGUCAUUAGCCCACAACAACUUGCUGCUCGUCAUGUGGUCUCAAAGGAAUUACCGAAGUUUUCGGGAGACCCUUUGGAAUGGCCUAUGUUCCUGAAUUCAUUUGAAUCAACAACCGUAAUGUGUGGAAUACAACCUGAUGAGAACCUAGCCAGGUUACAAAAAAGUCUUGUGGGAAAUGCAAGAGAAAAGGUGCAGAGCAUUCUGACCUUACCAUCCGCGAUACCAGAAAUAAUAAAUACGCUCCGUGACGAAUGUGGUCGUCCCGAGCAUCUUGUAUAUUGUUUACUAGCUAAAGUUCGCAAUACACCAGUUCCAGAUGUUAGAAAAUUAGAUACGCUUGUAGCAUUUGGAAGAGAAGUAAAAAACUUAGUUACAUAUUUAGAAGCCUCAAACCUUCAUGCCCAUCUUUCAAAUCCAAUGCUUUUGGCUGAACUGAUAGGCAAACUCCCCUCAAACUUACGCCUUGAUUGGGGAUUGUAUAGCCAGCGGCUUCCUGAAGUUACACUCAAAGCAUUCAGCGAUUUUAUGCUCACUAUUAAAACGGCAGCUUGCCAGGUAAAUAUACCAAUAGAUUAUAAUCAACCUGAGCAUAGUUUAAAACGCUCUACAAAAAGUGUUAAUGGUGCAUUCAUUAACGCUCAUACCGCCGAAGAGAAAGGCAAAACAGCGCAUAGGUCUGAACUUGACACUUCGAAUCGAGACUCGAGUACAGCCCAACAUUCGAAGCAAAACAAGAAUAGCAGACCAUGUCACAUUUGCCAGCGUAACGACCAUAAGAUUCGUGAUUGCAGAAAAUUUCAAACGCUGACUGUUAAAGAACGUAUUAAAUUUAUUAAAGAUCAAAAUAUGUGCGGUCGUUGUUUGACGGGCCACGGGAAAUGGCCAUGUAGAACAAAGCAACCUUGCGGGGUAAAUGGGUGUAAAGAAAUGCACCAUAAAUUGCUUCAUAUCCAAACUGAAAAGUUGGAAGGAAUUACACCGUCAGGCUUAAUAUCUACGCACAGCCACCGACAUACAUCUUCGCUAUUCAAGAUUAUUCCAGUAACGCUGCGAAACAAAGGAAAGUCAGUUGAUACUUUUGCUUUCCUCGAUGACGGAUCUGAUUUAACUUUGCUGGACGAAAAGCUUGCUGAUGAGCUUGAUCUGAUUGGGAUUGAAAGCCCGCUCUGUCUUCAGUGGACAAGUAACGUUACCAGGAAUGAAUCGUAUUCUCAACGCGUGCAGCUUAUAGUCAAUGGAAAGGAUGAAAAAACUGAGUUCAUUUUAAAAAAUGUCAGAACCGUGAAGUCAUUGGGACUGCCUAAGCAAACUUUAAAUUAUAAGAAAUUCGCAAAACAGUACCCGUUUCUAAGCGGGCUUCCGGUAAACAGCUACAUAGAUGCGGUACCUGGUAUUUUAAUAGGCUUAGAUAAUGCAUGGUUGAAAUUACCGCUGAACAAACGUUAUAGAAGGAUAACGGAACCAAUAGCCGUUAAAACACGGUUGGGGUGGACCAUUUUCGGUGGUCAGUAUGAGUCAGUAGAACCAGAACGAUGUAUGGUACACAUAUGCAGCUGUUCUGGCGAUCGUGAGCUACACUCUUUAGUAAAAGAUUACUUCACCUCAGAGGAUGCUGGGAUUGACGAUAUCUUACCCAUGGAAUCGAUCGAGGAUAGACGUGCACUGAGUAUAUUGGAAGAGACAACAAAACGUACAGAAUCUGGACGCUUCGAGACUGGAUUGCUCUGGCGAGAGGCCAGAGUAAAAUUUCCCAACAGUUAUCCAAUGGCGGAGCGUCGGCUUAAAUGUUUGGAACGUCGGCUAGCAGCAGAUUCAGAAUUAAGAGAGGAAGUUAUUAAACAAAUCGUUGAAUAUCAGGAACGAGGUUACGCUCAUAAAGCAUCGCCAGAAGAACUUCGUGAUUCACAACCGCACAACGUGUGGUAUCUUCCUUUGGGAGUGGUCCGCAAUCCUCGGAAACCUAAAAAGGUACGUGUUGUUUGGGACGCCGCCGCAACCGUUGGUAAGGUUUCACUGAAUUCCGCUCUAUUAAAAGGACCUGAUUUAACGACCCCGCUACUAACGGUGCUUUGUCGAUUUCGUCAACGACAGUAUGCCGUAGCAGGGGAUAUUCGGCAAAUGUUCCACCAGUUAUUCAUACGUAAAGAGGAUCGCCAUUCGCAGCGAUUUCUUUGGCGGGAUGAUCCCGAAUCUGCUCCAGAAGUAUUUGUAAUGGACGUGGCCACAUUCGGGGCAACGUGCUCCCCAUGCUCGGCACAGUUCGUGAAAAAUAAAAAUGCACGCGAAUAUGUAGAACAAUAUCCUGAAGCAGCAAACGCCAUCAUCGAAAAUACAUACGUAGACGAUUAUCUUGAUAGCAGGGAUACAAUCGACGAGGCGGCUCGAAUUGCGAAAGAAGUCAGCCUGAUAAACAGCAAAGCAGGAUUUGAAAUUCGUAACUGGCAGUCAAAUUCAGCUGACAUACUCGAACGGCUUGGUGAAAACAGUGCAGAAAUUGUUAAAAGCUUUUCUGUCGAAAAAUUGACCGCAACAGAACGCGUUCUUGGAAUGAUGUGGAUCCCGGUAGAAGAUGUUUUUGUAUUUACAUCUCAGUUUAGAACCGAUCUUGUACCAUUGUUAACCGGUGACGUCGUUCCUACUAAGAGACAAGUAUUACAGAUAGUAAUGAGUUUGUUCGAUCCCCUGGGGAUUAUCGCCAAUUUUACCAUUCAUGGAAAAAUUCUUAUCCAGGAUAUUUGGAGAUCUGGUGUAGAAUGGGACGACCAAAUCAUCGAUAAUGAUUUCUCAAACUGGCGACGCUGGGUGGAACUGAUGCCCAAAUUGGAUGAUGUAAAACUUUCCAGAUGCUACUUUCCAAACUAUAAACCGGAAAAUUACAAUUCCCUUCAACUACAUAUGUUUGUAGAUGCCAGUGAGCUGGCAUAUUGCUGUGUUGCAUACUUUCGCAUCGUCGAGGGAGAAACAAGUAGAUGCGUUUUAAUUUCAGCAAAGGCAAAAGUUACCCCAAUACGACCGCGCACAAUACCAAGAAAUGAAUUAAGUGCCGCUUCGAUUGGUGUGCGAUUAUUAAGAACAAUUACACAGAAUCAUAGUCUUCCGAUUCAAAAACGAUUUUUGUGGACUGACUCACGUACAGUUCUAUCUUGGAUUCGCUCCGAUCCGCGAAGGUAUCGCCCAUUCGUUGCAUUUCGGAUCGCGGAGAUCUUAGAUGAAACCGAAUAUAGUGAAUGGAAUUGGGUUCCAUCGAAAAUGAAUAUCGCUGACGAAGCAACAAAAUGGGGAAGCGGACCGAAUCUAGACCCCCACAGCAGUUGGUUCCGUGGCCCAGAGUUUCUGCUUCUCACAGAGUCACAAUGGCCAAAAAUUAAACCAGUUUUGGAAGAUCCAGUGGAAGAACUCAGAGCCGUACACAUUCAUCGAGAAAUUUCUGUUCAACCAUUUAUUGAUCCUCUAAGAUUCUCUUGUUUGAAGGAUCUUCUCAGAAAGCUAGCUUACAUUUACCACUUCCUUAAUCGCUGUCGUUCGAAGGGAAAACCCAAAGUAAAAUCACGCUCAGUGAUACUGAACCAACAGGAUUAUGCCAUGGCAGAAAAUAGUCUGUGGCAAAUGGUACAGGCUGAAGCAUUUCCUGAUGAGCUGGCCGUUUUAAGAGCUAACUUAGAUCUUCCUAAAGAGCAACUAAAACGCCUGGAGAAGCACAGUUGUCUGUCGAAAUUAUCACCUUUUUUAGAUGUAAACGAAGUUUUACGCUCAGAAAGUCGUAUUGAUCCUCAAGCAGCUUACUAUUGUUUCGAUUUCCGCAACCCAGUUAUCCUUCCAAAGCGAAAUCAUGUCACUGAAAUGCUUAUUUUACGCUUUCAUCAACGAUUUGGACACGCAAACUAUGAAGCUAUUAUUAACGAAAUUCAACAAAAAUAUUAUAUUGUAAAACUGCGUUCGGAGGUAAAAAGAGUGAUAAAAAACUGCAUGUGGUGUCGUGUAUAUCGAGCAAAACCAUUGGUACCUCGUAUGGCCCCACUUCCACAGGAAAGAGUGCAACCCUAUGUGCGCCCAUUCACCUUUACCGGGAUUGAUUAUUUCGGACCCUUGGUUGUUAAGAUGGGACGAAGCAAUGUUAAACGUUGGGUAGCACUCUUUACGUGCCUAACGGUACGAGCAGUUCAUUUAGAAGUUGUUAAUUCGUUAUCGGCAGAAUCCUGCAAAAUGGCAAUUCGUAGAUUCGUGGCAAGACGAGGAUCACCGCAACAGAUUUUCAGCGACAAUGGUACAAACUUUAAAGGUGUCGCCAGAGAACUGGCGGACGAGAUAAAAACCAUUAAUCUUAAAAUAGCGGGUACGUUCACUAACGCCAAUACAGAAUGGCACUUUAUUCCACCUUCUGCUCCCCACAUGGGAGGAGUAUGGGAGAGAAAAGUACGGUCCAUAAAGGAGGCGUUUAAAGUUCUCUCGCAUCGAGAAAAGUUGGACGAUGAAGGUCUUGUGACGCUUUUAACAGAGGCAGAACUAUUAGUCAAUUCUCACCCGUUAACCUGUGUGCCUUUGGAGACGCAUGAUCAAAACGUCCUUACACCGAACAGCUUCCUGCUUAUGAGCUCGAGUGAAGUCAAUCAUUUAAACAGAGUACCAACGGAAGGUACAUCAUCCCUUCGCACUAACUGGAAGUUGAUGCAGCAUCUACUCAAUCAGUUUUGGAAACGUUGGAUUACGUGUUACUUGCCAACAAUUGCUAGGAGAACGAAGUGGUUUACAGAAGUUCCACCAAUAAAGGAAGGUGAUCUCGUCGUGGUGGUGGAUGAAUCAGUGAGAAAUGGGUGGCUGCGUGGACGGGUGGUCAAAACAUACCAUGGUAUAGACGAUCAAGUACGCAAAGCUGAUAUAGAAACGAGCUCAGGUAUUUUACAACGACCUGCUACGAAGGUGGCUCUAUUAGACGUGCUGGAAAUAAGUAAAACCAAUUAG